CAACCAAGUUAGCAACAAUGUACUUGAAAAUUCUAAUAUGUUGUACACUUUUGUGUCUUUGCAACAGCUACAAAAUAUUGGCUGUUUUUCCUACACCAUUUCACAGUCAUUUAACUUUAGCGUAUAAACUUGUAAAGGAAUUGGCUAAGAGAGACCAUGAAGUUACUUACCUCACCCCAUUUCCUCAAAAAACCCAGACUAAAAAUCUUAGAGAAAUUUCUUUGGAAAGUAUAAUUCCGGUAAUUAAUGAACGCAAAAAACAGUUACUUUCUUUAAACGAUCAGACUGUUUUCAAUAGUGUGAAAUUCCUCACUAAUAUGGGUUAUGCAGUGACAGAAGAAUUUUAUCAGAACAAAAACGUACAAAAAUUGUUAAAUUCUCAAGAACAUUUCGACCUAAUAAUAUUGGCACAAUUUGUAAACGAAGGCUUAAUUGGACUUGCUUAUCACUUCAAAGCCCCUUUUGUCUUAAUGUCUUCAAUGCCCCUUUUUGCCUGGAGCAAACAUUUUUUAGCCCAUCCAGCCCCCUCGUCAUAUGUCCCAAAUCUUCUGACCCCAUAUUCAGGCCAUAUGAAUUUUUGGCAACGCCUUUGUAAUAGUGUUUACGAUACUUAUUCGAUACUGUACCAUCAAUGGAUUAUUUUACCAAAACAUAGACAACUGGUCAAAAAACAUAUACCAGGUGAACCAGACUUAUACAAUCUUCUCAACAAUGCUAGUCUUCUAUUAGUCAAUUCUCACGUAAGCGCCAACGAACCUACUAUUCAAAUACCAAAUGUAAUAGAAAUGGGUGGCAUGCAUUUAAAAGAACCAGAGGAAUUACCAGAAGACAUACAGAAAUUUCUGGAUAGUUCCAAAAAUGGGGUUAUAGUUUUUUCGAUGGGUUCAAAUCUUAAAAGUUCUGAUUUACCACGAAAUAAAAGGAAUGCAAUUCUUAAAGCAUUUUCGAAAUUAAAACAAAAUGUUUUGUGGAAAUGGGAGUCGGAGGAACUUCCAGAACAACCAAAGAAUGUCAAAUUAAUGAAAUGGAUGCCACAAACGGACAUUUUAGCUCAUGCAAAUGUCAAAGCUUUCGUCACCCAUGGUGGACUAUUAAGUACUAUGGAAAGUAUCUACCGUGGAGUACCACUUAUAGGAAUUCCUAUUUUUUCUGACCAAAAAACAAACAUGGAAAUUGCAGUUUCGUACGGUUAUGCUCUUUUGGUACCUUUACAAGACCUCACUGAAGAAAAAUUAUCUUAUGCUUUAGAAGAAAUUUUAAAUAAUCCAAAGUAUACAGAAAAUGUUUUAAAACGAUCAAAAAUUAUGAAAGAUCGUCCAAUUAAGCCGUUAGAUAACGCUAUCUAUUGGAUUGAGUAUGUUAUACGUCAUGAAGGAGCUCCCCAUCUUAGGUACCCCGGAAUGGAUUUGAAUUGGUUUCAAAGAAAUUUGCUGGAUGUUAGCGCUUUUGCCAUGUUUACAAUUUUUCUUAUCUUUUUGGUAAUUUAUUUAACUAUAAAACACAUUAUUGGCAAACGUGUAACCAAAGAAAAAAUUAACUAAAUUUUAUAUCUUAAUUUAAUUAUUUAAAAUAAAUAAAGAAAUAAAUACAACAUCUAGGCUAUCUGUCUAGUUAAUUGUGAUGUGCUAUUUUAUUGCAAAUCAAACACGUGGCCUUGAUUGCCACUUACAUAAAUUUAACCGAUGACAUAAUC